CUGUCUCUUCGCAAAUUUCCUUGUCGUGUUACAUGAGGCGCUGCUUAGCGCUAAAAUCGUCGGUGCUGUAUGUCAAAGCGACAAGUACAAGGCUCACAGCCAACAGUGGCGGACGCACAUACACCAACAGGCUGGUAGCAUAUCGGAAAACCAGCGCGUCGCAAUCAGUAUCAGUGCAACAGCGACUGAGAACACAAGCAAUUGAGUCGACUAACGCUCCAACAGCUCCGUUUGUGACACCUGAUGUGCGCGACGCACCGAUUGAGGCGCGUAUCGUAUUGAUUUGAAUGGAAUCGAACUACUUGCAACGGCAUUUAACGAGUGUGUUGCUAUAAACCAUGGCGCCAGAGUAGUGUUGUGAGUAGUGUAGACUUGUGAACCGCGCGCUGCGUGUCAAACACCAAUUGCAUUGCGGAAGCGCAACGACCGUCGCGCACGUGAUAGUGACAGACGCAGUGACAGUGAAUGUGACAGUGUGACUGACAGUGCGGGUGAACGUGGCUGCGUUGUGCAAAGUGGCAUAGGUUCGAAGGAAGAAUCGCUCAUUGAACCUUCCUAUUGCCACGAAUUCCUUACUUGCUGUUCUCGCGCAACCGCCAAUUUGCAUUUGUUGUUAACCAAGGCACGUACAAGCCAAACGAUAAAAUCUCUAGAACGAAUAUAACUAGACGAAAGGAAAGUGCAAAGCAUGAAAACCCCCGUCAAUACAUACAUAUACUUGUAUAGUAAAUAUUUUUGCGGUCGAGUGUUGGUGAUUGCUAAAAGCUUGUGCAGGUGAUAAGCAAAAACUAAAGAAAAUUCGAAAAUAAGAAGCAGAAGAAUCUGAAGUAUAGGCUCGUGCUUAAAAAGUGAAAAAUGCCAUUAAAUACGCAAUUACGUGAAAUUUCAAUGAGCGCGUGAAAAAAUUUGUGGUUUGUGGUUGCUGUCAAUAGAAGCGCCACCAAUUCCAGCAACAAUGCGUCAACAGUGUCUUCCGCUGAACGCCACUUGUUUGGCAUUUGCACCGUGAGGCCGGGGCUUGUAAGACGAACAUUUGCAGGCACAGAUAAUCGAGGAUGCUGUAAAAAGCGAAGUGUUUUGUGGUCUGCCCAUCGAACGAUUUCUCAAAAACCGACGCUGACGCUGACGCCGACGCCUGCACACAAACAUUCUGUUGACCUUUCCGUGGAAGGGAACUAAGUAAGCAAUAAUAUUAACCGCAAAGGCCAUUGAAGUAACAGAAAAAGGCAAAACUACAAUAGCCACAAAGCGACAAUUCAAUCAAAUAAGUGCGGAGAAAUGAAAUAGUGCAAAAGGACCAAUAAAGAAAAAUGUGAAAAAUGAUAAGUGGCUGAGUGGGUGAAGGGAUGCAUGAAAAUCGGUUACACAAAUGACUGUAAGUUUAUAAAUGACCAGUCAUUUUUCUGUUUAUUGUGCUGUGACAGCUAUUCUGGCAGCUGGUGCUGGUUAACCACCAGAAAAAUAAACACUAUUACACGAAUACGUAACGAAGGGAUAUUAAACGGUAAUUGAAUAAAAACGAAAGUGAAACCAUAAAAGUAAUGAUUUAAUUGAAAAUUGACAUUUCUAGUGCGGCUAUAAGAAGGAGCAAAGCCAUUUGUUAGGACCCACGCGGCGUAUGAGUGAUAUAAUAACAUACAUUUAUGCUCGACUUCGGGUGCUUACAUAACCAAGCCACAGCUUACAGUUACCAAAUAAUGCAAAUGCGCUUUUAUUAAAUUCAAUUCACUGUUCGAUCCGAAAAUUGCUGCGGUUUAAAGGCUUUGGCAACAUCAACAAUAACUGCAAUAACUAAAAUUGCCACGCAACAACGCUUAAUCAGCAAUGUGGUAGCGCACUGCUGGCAGUUAAUUUACGCAUAGCUGACACGACCGACCGAACUCAGCGUCUGCAAAAAAGCCAAACAGAACCAGAGUAAAACAAGAGCAGCAAACAAAAGUACGACAACGAUUGCUAGGCGCGCCAACUGUAAAAUCCGCCGUGAGAAUUGCGGGUAUUUGUGUGUUUGUGGCGCCACAAAGCACCAACCAACAACUAUGUACCGCUGAGUGUUGCCAAACAGUCGAACUUUUUCGCAUUCGCACGACCGACCGAGUUCGACCGAAAAAGGAGCAGCCGGCAGGCAUUUAUGUAGUCAACUGCACAGCGCUGCCGAGUGGCAUUAGCGCCUAUUAUUAUUGAAAUAAAAGGCUAUCAACGCUUCGGUGUUAAGUAAUUAAGCAUCAUAAUUCCCCCGUUGUAAAUUGCUAACGCGCACGUCAUGUGGCAACGCGAAAUUGUUUGCGCGAGCAAAUAUUAAAAAAUUAAAAUUCAAACAAAUAUCGCAAAUAUUUGCGAGAGCAAAAAGUUUGAAAAUCGCUUCGCAUUCCGCAUUCACCACGACUUUAAAGUAAAAAAUAGAAUUCUCUACGAAGUACCGUAAAAAACGGUGAGCUUUUUAUUUGCAUGUGUGAAAGUGUGUUGCACGUGUCUAUGCACUCCAACACAUACAAAAAUUCCAUAAUACAGCAAAAUAAUAAAGCGUCAUUUUUAACACAAGCCCUUAAUUAAAAUUUUGCAACAGAGCGGAAACUGGAGCAAAACAAAUUCCUAUGAACAUAUUCAAAAGCAAAAGCGAAAAAAGGGAAUAAAAGACGAAAAGCCUCGACGAUGUAGCAGGAAAGCGCUGAGUGUACAACAAAUUGGGCAACUAUGAUCAAUAACCGCGGCGAUAGAAAAAUUGCUCGAUUGAGCUAGAAACCACAAAACUAUAUGAAUAUUGCAAUGAGUGAAGUAAAAAUAGACCACACAAAUUUACAGAGAGCUGAGAUAUGCAAACUCUCAGUCUACUGAAAAGUGAAACGAAAGCCAAAAGCCCAAUUGAUAAAGGAAAAUUCGCCGUUUUAAGUCCUAACUAGAGGUAAAAAUUGAUUCAGAAGGAGUAAUCUAACGGGUUUUGAAUCAAUAAGCGGUUGAAAAAUUCAAAUGAAUAAAUUCUGAAUUAAAAUUGGGUCUCAUUAAAAAUGUUGACCCACAUUUGGGUUUUAUAAAAUAAAAUAUACCAGCAAAAGCAAUUGUUUUAUUAAAGAAAUAUUUGGAAAAUAAUAAAAUAAUUCAGAUUAUUGCGCAAUUUGAAGUUACAAAAUUGGAAACAACAUCAAUUUUGGUCAAUGAAAGCCAUCGGCAUCCGAAGCAGCGGUUCUUACAGCUCGCUGUCCGCCUAAGUGGCCAACAAUAAAACAGCAGUCAAAAAGCAGACGCACGAAAGCGCUGAUUAGAAAUAACAGCGAGUGUUGUUGUUGUUGUCUGUUGGAGGCAAGCACACUUUCGGAGAUGCGUCGAAUUAGUGAGCGUUUCCGGGGUCAUGUGUGAAAAUUGCCUGUGAAUUGUGGCGCGUCGGCAAACAGUUCCACAUAUUGACCGUUAGUAACUCCGUACUAUCCCACCGAGCUUUACGCGACCAACCGGGUCGGCUGGUGGAAAAGCAAAUCCAUAUGUAUAUACAGGCGGCGAACGCAUGCAAAUACGCAUACGCCGUAGCGCCAGCCAAAUGCAAAGCCGGAUACAGGAAGCUGAGUGGUGGUAACUAAAUAAAGCUGGUAAACGCGGAAAUAACUGAAAAAGACAACAAGUGUAAAAAAGCGAAACUAAGUGAAGUAUAACGGCCCAAUAAAUGCAAUAAAAGUAAAGUGCAGACAACGGUAAUUUACGACGAAAAAGGCUCGUUCGUUGAGCGGAAAUCGCAAAAUUGUGCAACCGCUAACAGAAAGACCAUUCGAGCGCCUAAACCGCUCGUUGAAAAACAUAAAUUUCGGCUUUUGGCGCGGUCACUUUGCAUAUGUAAAUCCAUGCACAUAAACAGUUUUACAUAGGCCCUCACUCGUUUGCUUGUCAGUGAUUUUGUGCGCGAUUCUCGUCAUUGUUCGGGUUGUUUUUUGUUUUUUUUUUUGAUUCGUUCACGAAGAGUGGCACUUGACGUACUCAAAUUUUGACGCGUGAAUUAGAUUAUGUAUUUGGGCGCUUAUGGCCAGAGAGCCGCAUCUAUAAACGUGUGUGAGUGAAUUUUGAUUGCAUAUUUUUUGCCGUUUUUGAAGUAAAGUGUUUGUGCAUAUAAACGAAUAGAAUAUUUAACAUCACUGAAAAAUCAUUUUUACAAAUACAAAUUGUCCGAAAAAAUCUAGGCGUUGCUGCGGAUACCGCUUGUUUUGUUGUGACUAAAAGCUGAGCAUUUAGCUCACAGGCUACCCAUCAAGAUGAUCGCCUUCCUGACGCUGUUCUUCUACAUGACAAGUCUGACAAUGUGCUACCAACGGUUGUCAGUUAACAACAACAAUCACAAUAAUUUAGACGCAAAACCAACACACAUGCCGCCGUUGCACUACCCGCAUGGCCACAGAUGGAACGAACCAUUUUUUGACUUGACAAUGCCGAAGAACAUAACAUCGCUCGUGGGCAAAUCAGCAUAUUUGGGAUGUCGUGUCAAACACUUAGGAAACAAAACUGUUGCUUGGAUACGACACCGCGACCUGCACAUCCUCACCGUGGGCACCUACACAUACACAACAGAUCAGCGGUUUCAAACUUCCUACCACCGUGAUAUCGACGAAUGGACUCUGCAAAUAAAAUGGGCACAGCAGCGGGAUGCCGGCGUUUACGAGUGCCAAAUAUCGACCCAACCGGUGCGCAGUUUUUCAGUUAACUUAAACAUUGUGGACACCAUCGACGACGAGACAAGCAGUCUGCUGCAGCAGUACUACAGCGACGAUGCAUUUUACAUAAGUUCCGAUCGUAUUUACCAGUCCAGCGACGACGAGUUUGCGGGCAUGUUCGGGCACAUACAAACAGUGGCCGUGCCAACGGCAAGCAUACUGGGUGGUCCCGACUUGUACGUGGAUAAAGGGAGCACAAUCAACCUGACUUGUGUAAUCAAGUUCAGCCCCGAGCCACCGACGCACAUUUUCUGGUAUCAUCAAGACAAGGUUCUAUCGGAAGAGACGUCUGGAGGUCGCAUAAAAUUCAAAACGAUCAAAUCUGAGGAAACCAAAUCUAUUUUACUAAUCAAUGAUGCUGAUCUACUAGAUUCUGGCAAAUAUUCUUGCUACCCAUCGAACACCGAGAUAGCAAGCUUGCGGGUCCACGUGUUACAGGGUGAGCGACCAGAGGCGAUGCAAACCAACUCGGCGCCCACUGCUCGACACAGCGCCGCCGCCCAGCCGACCAAGCUAAUCAGCGCUUUAGUUGGCGCUUUCAUUCUAUUGCAAAUAUCAACAUUUCUCUGCAAGAAUGCCGGCCAUAUAACCGAACACAAUAACAGAGAUCAAAGCAGAAAUCGUCCGCGUACAGUAGCGCUGAACCCACUUCUUGGCCCCGCACAGUGUCUGCCACUCCAGCAACAGCAACAGCAAAGGCCACAACCACAACAUCGACAACAGCAACAACAGCAUCCACAAAUUGGCAGCAGCAUUGCAGCGCUGCUUGCGAUGGCGUUGUUGCAUUGCAGCAAUGUGACAACCGUUGACGGCUUAGCGGCGCCACCCACCGAACAGCUGAUGCAGCGCGGCAUCGCUAGCGUUGGCCAACAACGACCAGACCAAAUGCAACGUCAAAGCAGAGCGCAGACAGUGAACUUUGGCGCCCUUGUAAAAACGACAUCAACUUCGCGGUGAUAAACUAAUCGAGAGGGAGGGGGCGAAGGCACCGCACGCCACAAACUCUAGAGAGGAUGAGUAGGGCGCAGUAGGCUUGCUUGAGCCUCAGUCAUUCAUAUGUAUGUUGGCGUGCCUGUAAUGGUGACUGGGCGAAGUACUCUAAACAGUUCAAGUAGUGAAAUUUAUAAAACUUUGGUCGGCUAAUUACAAAGUAUGUAUGUAUGCGCAUGUGCGUAUAUUUUAUCUAUGUAGUAGAAUUAGCCAUGCUCAAAGUAAAGAAAUACAAAUCCAUAAAACCAUAAGUAUUUGAGUAAGCUGCCGAACGCCGGGCGGUAAUUAGGAUGUAAUGUCAGUAAUGAAAUAGUUUAAUUAAAAGUUAUCCAACUAAAAGUGUUUUGAAGCGGUAUAAAAUACCUUUGAAUAAGCAUCUAACUAAAUCUGUAUAAAAAAUUAGAACCAUUUAUAAUUUGUUGCGAAGUAAGCAGUAACUAGCGUUAAGUGUAGAUAUUGCUCGUAAGUGUGUAUAUAUUUAUACGAUUUUAUGGUUGUAAGAAGGCCGCGCUCUUCCGAACAUUCAAUGAUUCAAAUUUAAAAAUUCAUAAAUCAAAAUUAAGAUAAUUUUAACAAUUUUUUCACUAACGGACCUCGCUUAAUGUGGCUCUAUUUAUACUUUUGAAAAUGUAAGGAUUCUCCAUGAGGAUUCACCACGCCUCGCCCUCCUACUACUUUGUAGCCUAUUCUUUUUUUCUUCUGUCAUGAGUGAUCUGUUGAAAAUUUUAAAGUUUUUUUCUUUUCUUCUAACAAUUUAACAUUCACAACAUUCAAUUCACUAGUUGUUGUGGUAUCGUUAUUGAUGUCGACAUCCGGUUCGUUUGACGUUAACGAAGAGUUCGGUAUUCUUUGUGAAAGGAAGAUCACAAAUUGAGAAAACCGUUAUAAUUGAGACGGCAGUACUCGCGAGAGUGGGUUAUGAAAGUCAUUUAAAUAUGUUAUUGUUCUACAAUCUUAACGAUUAAUUUCAGUACAUUUUUGAAUCGGAUGGAAAAUUUUAAAACAAUAUAAAUUAAAAUUGACUAAAGGUAAAGGAUGUUAGAGACUAAAACAACGAGGCGCAGAAAACGAAGGGUAUGCCACAAUGAUCGCUUUGCUUUCAGUGUUUCACUCUAAUGAAAAUGGCGACUGUUGCGUGGCAAUGCGUGAAAAGAUGAGAGUUGCCCAACAUUUUUCUUGGCUUCGCGUCUAAAACUUUUUAUGUAAACGUACUUAUAGGAAAGCAUACAUCGAACCUUUCUGUCAAAACAAAUGUCUGGCACAAAGCGAAACAAAAGUUCUAUGUGAAAUGGCCAUAAGAAAAUAAUGACGCUUUGUCACCCGAAUAUAUUUCAUUACAGCGACAAGUUUGCAGUUAUCUUUAAAUGCAUUUAUGAAAGUUUCCAAUCAAAUACAAUAUUUUUAUUGAAAAAGUUAUGAAUUCAAUCCGUUAACCCGUUAAAGCUAUUUAUCAUAUAUCCAUUGUAGUGUAGUUAAAUAUAUAUAAGUGUUUUUAUACAUAUAGUAUGCUACUAUCCUUCUAGUUUCUAAUAAGUAGUUGAAUUCUCAACUGAGCAGGUUCUGUAUAUAAAAGUAUUACUCAGAAACAGAAUAUUUUCCCAAUAUAUGUAAAUACAUAUAUAUAUAACUGUAAGUACCUAUAACAAUAUAGGUAAGUUAAAAAUAAGCUACUAUAUUUAAAAAAGGACAUGUGUAAAACUUAUUACUUAGGACCUAGAUAUGUAGCUUAAGAGCUAGAUAUGUUCACUUGCUAAAAUAUGUUUAUGAAGGGCGUAUAUGAAAACUGUUUAUAUGUAUGUAUAUGUUAAGUAAUAAUAGAUUCACUACAUUAAUGUAAUAAACGAAAAAAAUAAUUACCUAACUGUAAAUGUCUCAUAGUUUUAAGAAUAGACCGUAAGAGAUAUUGCAAUGAUGAAUUCAAAUAAAAAUUAAUCAAUUAAAGUGA